AUGCUCGAGAUCGUUCGCGUAAGGAGUCCUCCGCCGUGUGCCGGAUUCAACUUCUUGAUUGCGCUGAAGGAAGACCAAUCUCACCCCAAUCUAAACGGUACUCUCCACGGAAGAGAUUCUUCAAAAUUGGCGAGAUCACUUCUACGAUCUGCGUAUCCCACUCAUGUCUUCAUCCAAAAGCAAGUCCCCAAUCCAGAGAUCUGUGCUGAAUAA